GCACCGCGACACCCCCACGAGCGAAAUCGCGCGCGGCAGCCCGCAUUCUCGUGUAUAAAAGCCGUGUACGUGUAUCGCAAAAAAGGGCCCGCGAACAGUGCUAUGCUUUUGAGGCUGCGAUUGGGAAGGUGUCCUCCAUCUUCGUCAUUGGCCUUAUUCUCGUUUUCUUUCAAGUGAGAGCGCAAAAGCCAUACGGAGCGCGGCGCUUCUAAUGGGGUCAGUAUGAGCAGGAAAGAGUUCUUAGCGACAAACGAAACGAGAAGCUAAGAACGCAUGCCUAAAUUAGCUUGGGAAGCGGAUAACUUGCUGGUAAGCGGCUAACGGGUCACUUCUAGGGGAUAAUAGAUCGCCGACUGGUGUCCCGAAAAUCAUCAGAAAACUGGUCGACUCUCAUGGCAGCGCGGAAACUCGCAGCCCUCUUCGCCGCGGUCCUGCAACUUUGCUUAUGCCAAAUCACCCCGGAAAUUUUACCCGAGUUCUUAGCUCCUUUGGAAAAUCACACGGUGAUCCAAGGUCGUGACGUCUUCUUCACCUGCGUCGUUAAUCACCUGCAAUCGUACAAGGUAGCCUGGAUAAAAUCGGAUUCCCGAGCGAUUCUGGCGAUACACACGCACCUGGUGGCGCACAAUAGCCGACUAUCCGUCACGCACAACGGGCACAACACGUGGAAACUGCACGUGGCGAAUGUCCAGAAGAACGACUCCGGUACCUACAUGUGUCAAGUCAACACCGAUCCUAUGCGCAGUCAGAUGGGAUAUAUGGAAGUAGUGAUACCGCCCGACAUAAUGGAUGACGAGUCCGCGGACGGUAUGGUCACUCACGAAGGAGGCAAUAUAAGAUUGCGAUGCGUCGCCACUGGUUCGCCGAAGCCUAUUGUCACUUGGAAACGAGAGGACGGUCGUAACAUUAUCCUCAGAGAAGACGGGCAGAAGCAAUCUCUGAAAACCUUCGUCGGCGAGACGCUGGAACUGACGGGAGUGCUUCGGCAAGAGAUGGGCACGUAUCUCUGCAUAGCCAGCAACAAUGUGCCGCCGACGGUCAGCAAGCGUUACUCCGUCGAUGUUCACUUUUCACCUCUUAUUAAAGUGGCAAAUCAAUUAGUGGCUGCGCCGAUUAAUAGCGACGUCUUGCUGCAAUGUUACGUCGAAGCGUCGCCGCAUGCUAUGAACACUUGGUACAGGGAUGCAGGCGAGAAACUGCUGCCCAGCGACAAAUACGUAAUGACGGAGCACCCGUUGAACGAGUACUCCUGGCAAAUGAAUCUCACUAUCAAUUCCCUGGAAAAACGGGACUUCGGCGGAUACGUGUGCUCGUCCGUCAACGCGCUCGGAAAGUAUGACGGCGUAGUGCGAUUGCAAGAGCUGCAUCUUUCCGCGAAGACGACACCGACGACACUCACGAAGAACACGGAUAAGCAGCGCAAGAAGCCGGCAUUGAAGGGUAAGAAGAAGAGCAACAAUAGCAACGGUAGGCGAGAACACGCGGAAGGCGAUUCCGGCAACGGCGACGAUGAUUUCGGUACGACGCAGAUCAUGACCGGUAGCACUCAAGAGGGCCAAAGAACGGAUAGGCCCAUCGUGCCUUCCUUACCGCCGCCUUGGAUCGUCGUGAACGCCGCGAACCUCAGGCAUCCCUCGGUGUCCGCGAUCUUGCUUUUGCUUCUUCUACCGACCACCCUGUAAAGCGACGGCGAAGAGCUUCAAGAAUAAACGCACUGUUUGAGGAUUUGAGACUCGUGAUGGGAAUAGAGUCGAGAGGAUGAGGCGGAGGGUGCGAAACCACGCUGAAGAAGAAAGAAGAAAAAGGAAAUAGGUCUUCCCCUUAUUCGAUAUAACAAGGAAUGUAUUUCUAGAUGCGAUCGGAUGUAGUCACUGCCGCGACCAAAAGGACCGCGUCGAAACUUUCGACACGGGUCUCUGUAAAUAUACGCGACACGAUGUCAACACGUGAGUUAGAGAGGCUCUCUUUUCCUCCCUCUCUCACUCUCUCUCUCUCUCUUUCUCUUUUUCUCUCGUUUAGACGUAACCGGCGAUUAAUCGGACUGUAGAUAAAAUACAGGUCAAACAAGUUCGUGCAUCGCCCGAUCGACACGGGGAACACGGGAAAAAGGAGAUAACAUCGGGGGUUGUGAAUGUGCUGGAACUGCGAGAUGAGUUCUCCGUGCCGACAUCCUGCAUGCUGCGGAGUUCGUGUAGAUCUCCUCGUGGCUAUUGAAUUUAACUGUUCAACAGACCUCACAAAAAGCCGAAGCAAGGGGCAAACAAAUCUGUAGGUCGGUAUAGACGGAUCGAAGAACACGUCAUGUUUUUUUAACGUUAUUUAUUGGGAAAAUUGUUUUACAUCGAUUGUUUUAUGAGAGACGUUUUAUCGUUUAGAGGAGAAACACGUGAGAUUUCACGCGAUGCACGAACUUUCUGAUUUGACAUUAAGAGUUCUCGCAAAUCAAUGUUCGUAUUUUUGCCGUUUAGAAUUGAAGUAUACGCAAUAAAUACGUAUUUCAGGAUAUAAGUUAUUCCCUCUGUGUUGUAUGAACGUUAACAAUUGAGACAGUAGCGUAAAAAUUAAAAAGAUUUACGCUUUAUUUUCAACUAACGUUAAGUAUAAUCUUUACUUUGUUACAUUUUUCCUUUCAUUAUAUUAUAUUCGUAUUAAUAACAAAGAAUCUACUUACGAAUAUAUAGAGACAGCGAAAAUUCGGGAAUUUUUCUACAAUUGUUCGGUCCGAAAUGCGAUAACGUGGGCUAAUUGAUUCCGAUGGGAGCUUUCUGUGAAUUGCUCUGUGCAUACAUAAUUUCGCCUAUUUCCGACAUUCGCUGUUGUUCAAAAAUAAAUCCCUGUCUGUUGUUAUUGUUGCUGUUGACAAUUUGCAAAUGUAUCAAUAUAAAGUACAGAGGAUCGAUAUGAGCAAA